AUGGCCGCGCCACAAAUCCCCAAUCUCAAUCUUCUCCGACGAGGCCGAGGACGCGGCCGUGGAGGAAGUCGAACUGUUGAAGAUGGUCACAGCAACCGUCCUUCUGGAAAGGAUCGCAUUGUUCAGGGCACCGACAGUGAUGCCAGCGUCUCUCGUCUGAGCGCUGUCGAGCUCGGAUAUCUGGUUGACCCGUAUGCGACAGCAUUGACACCCCCUGGCACGUAUGUUCGCACCACUGCAAUCGACGAGCUUGUCACGCGCUUCCUCGGUCCUUAUUCACCCGAAACCUCGAGCAAGAAACAGAUUAUUUCGCUAGGUGCCGGCUCAGAUACACGCGUCUUCCGGAUUUUUUCAUCUCGCCCGUCUUCUGACCUUGUCUACCAUGAACUCGACUUCGCCGUCAACACCGGGGCAAAGAUUCGGGCCAUUCGGUCAACACCACAUCUGCAAAAAGCGCUGGGGAUUGACCCCUCGAGCAAGGAGAUAUCUGUUUCGGAAACAGGCGAUGCGCUGCACACGCCCUCAUACCACAUCCAUCCACUAGACUUGCGGUCUCUCUCGUCGGAUUCAUCUCCUGCCGCGAUACUACCCGGUGUGGACACAAGCCUGCCGACAUUGCUGAUUUCAGAAUGCUGCCUGGUUUAUCUUUCUCCUACCGAGGCGGCUCAAGUGGUCACCUUCUUUACUGAACAUGUUUUCAGCCAGACUCCUUCAUCUAGCCCCGGCCAGACCGGACAUGCGAUCCCUCCUCUUGGCUUAGUUUUAUAUGAACCUAUUCGGCCUGAUGAUCCCUUCGGUCGGACAAUGGUUUCCAACCUCGCAGCGCGCGGGAUCCAGCUUCAGACACUGAAUAAGUUCUCUUCUUUGGAGGCACAGCGGGCGCGUUUGCACUCCCAUGGCUUUAGAAGCGGCCAGGCUGCUGCGGAUAUUGAUUUCAUUUGGGAGCGUUGGGUCAAUGAGGAGGAGAAGGAGCGGGUCGCUAGCCUCGAGUUCCUGGAUGAAAUGGAAGAGUGGCAGCUGCUUGCGCGACAUUAUUGCAUUGCUUGGGGUUGGAGAGACAGAGAUGACGCUUCGAUCUUCAACAGCUGGAAGACGCUUCAGGCUCAGCCAGGCCCAUGA